CCAAUACCUAUAUAUUCAUGACACAACGCUCUCAUUCUCUUGGCAAUGUCUCCGAUAUCUCUUCCAAACAACCCGUUUCCCAAGCAAUUACAUGACUAAAUAAGUAAAUAACCCUCAUAAAAAAACUUCCACAAUGGCAUCACGACCACGCGCCGCCUCCAACCAUCCGUCCUCGCCACCUCCACGUUCCCCUCCCCCUCCACCACCCCCACAAGAAGAGAGCGUCAUAGACAGACUCCUCAUCGCACCUCUAACCUUCAUCUCCUUCCUCCUCUCCCUCGCGCUCAUCGAUUCCCGCAACCACAACCUCCGCUACCAACACACGCCCGCGGCCGCCACCUUCCUGGGCCGCAUCAGCGGCUUCAUCCACAACCUGGUAUACAAACCGAUCCCGGACUCCUCGCCCUACGCGUAUCUCAACUCGCCCGCGGCCCGCGAUGCGAAGGAGGGGGGCCGGGCCAGGGCCACCAGCGGCGAGACGGAUCGCGAGGAGGAGUCCUGGCAUUGGCAUUCCAAGCAGCGGCAGCAGAUGAAAGCCGAGAUCUCGGACGCGUUCCGCGUGCGCAAAUGGGUGCUCUAUGCGCUGGUGGGUAUUGCGGCCUCGGCGGUCGUCGGAGCUUGGGUUAUGGCGAAGUGGAUGCUGUAUUUUUUGGCCUCGCUGGUGUGGAAUUGAGGAGCGGUGGGAGAGAGGGAGAGGGAGAGGGAGAAUGGAUGGUGUAUGGGUUAGGGAGCGUGUGUGGAUGAGGUGGCGCGCGCGGUAUUUUGGGCUUCUGAUAUAUGAUCUUGUGUUGGAUUACGGGUUCAUUUUUGGGGGUUGGAGUUCGGGGGUAUCUGGAGCUUGGGGAAAGAGUUCAGGAUGGGAUCUCACGACUGAUGAGGAUGGCAUUUUAUAGAAUUAUGUGAUCGAACUCCUUGUAAUAGGAGUUCAGAUACGUGAGAUGGAGAGGGUCUGGUCUGUGCCGACGAUAUGUAUCCAAAAUAGGUAUGUAUGGAUCUCGUCAAUGGACGAAAUCUUCUAAGAAAUAGACCCUGCAGCCUUUCUCAUGAGAACCUGAAAGGGAAAGUCUCUUCAAUAUCUUUCAAGACGUGG